GCAGCUCAAAAGGCGCAAGUGGAACUUCGGCCAUCUCGACUGCCCGCGGCAGCAGUGUGCCAAGGAGGAUAUAGCGCCUUUGCAGGGGCAGGAGGUCACGGUGCUCAGUCUCUGUUGUGGCCUGGAGACAGCGACAGUAGCGCUGCGGGAGAUCGGGAUGAAGCCGAACACCUUGAGCUACGACGUGUGGGACCGCCUGAAGCUUCUCAUGGCGAAGGUCCACGACGACGGGACGCUCGCGAAGGUGUUCGUUGGCAAGAAGGGGGGCAUCGCAAAGAUCAAGAGCUCGGAGUACCCCGACGUGCAGAUGAUCGUGGCUGGACCGCCCUGCCCACCCUUUAGCAAGGCUGGCCAAGGAAAAGGCAGGGGUGACCCAAGGAGCAAGCCGUUCGGAUGCGCCAUCGAUGCAGUCGUCGACCAGGCCAAGCGCCCGUCGAAGGCGUUGAUGGCCUUCUUGCUCGAGAACGUAGGGGGCAUGGCGGAGAGGGGCCAUGGCGGAGACUGUCCAAUGGAGUGCGCCGAGCAGCAGCUGAAGGACAGGCUCGGCAACACGUGGAUGGCUUGGAUCUGGCGCACAGACGCCAUCUACCACGGGCUGCCCCAGAGCAGGCCAAGGGUCUACCUAUGUGGCAGGCGGAUCAGCGCGUUUCGCGACAUCAUGCCGAAAGUGAGGCCCUGUGACACUAGGUUCCAGCUCCCCUCGCUGCGCGAUUUCUUAGACAUCGACGUUCCCGCGUUCGACGAGUCGAAGCUGACGGCUAAACAGGUUGGCAAAACGAUCCAGACCCCCAGAGAGGCAGGCGAUGCAGGACCGCGUGGAUGGCAACUCGACGGUGGGAGUUCACACGAUCUGCGCAUUUGA